CACAAACACCGAUAAUCAAUCAAACAACUUCCUUUUCUCCCAAACAAAUAACGAGAAAAAGAUCACGAACCGAAUCCCAAAGCAGAGGAUCUAAUUUAAACUACUACAACAACAACAACACCCAAGAUACCCAACACAUAAACACAACAACAAACCACACAUCAUCACAAUGUCCGCCUUCACAAUUGCUACUCGCAGGGUCGCCACCCAGAUCCCCCGCGCCGCCGCCGCUUCUACGCCCCGCGCCGCCUUCUCUUCCUCCGUCACCCUUCAAAAGUCCAUCUCCGAGACCGUAAAGGACACCCUCAACACCGUCAACCGCGCUGUUUCUGACAAGGCCCUCGAUGGCAUGGACAUUGGCUCCAAUGUAGCCUCAAAACUCAAAGAAACCGCUGACACCCUCACCAACGCCUCCUCCCCCUCCGACCUCGCCUCCCGCGUCAAGGACGCCGCCAGCAACGCCGCCUCGGACGCCGCCGACGCCAUCCCCAAGGACGUCAAGGGCAAGGCCUCCGAGCUUGCUGGUGAGGCCAAGGGCAAGGCUUCUGAGCUGACAGGCAAGGCCAAAGGUGCCGCCAAUGAGGCCACCUCGGGUAACGUUUCGGAGCUGGCGGGAGAAGCCAAGGGCAAGGCUUCCGAGCUUGCUGGUGAGGCCAAGGGCAAGGCGUCUGAGUUGGCGGGCAAGGCCAAGGGCGCUGCGAACGAAGCGACGAGCGGGAACUUGUCGGGCGCUGCUUCUGAGCUGACUGGCGAGGCUAAGGGCAAGGCUUCGGAGCUCGCUGGCAAGGCCAAGGGUGCUGCCAACGAGGCUGCUGGUGGUGAUGUGCAGGGAAAGGCCCAGGAGCUCAAGGAUGAGGCGAGCGGUAAGGCCAGCGAGCUCGCCGGUAAGGCGAAGGGUGCCGUGAGCGAGGGACAAGGGAAGGCCAAGGGUAUGGCUCAGGAGACGGAGAAGAUGGCCAAGGAGGCUGGCAAGCAAUCUGAGUUCUCUUAAAGGGGGUUCAACCGAGAAAAAGGACGGAAUUUGCAUUUGGAAUUGAAGACCGGGACCAUUCAGUUUCACAGGGAUGGAUGGAUGGAUGGGUAAAGGGAAAGCAGAGGCGUUCAGGGACGCGCGCACAGCAGUUAUUGAUUGCAUCAUGAUGACUAUCACGAAGUUUUCCUCUUAUAAAAAUCAUCAAGAGUCGAAUCGUAAUAUUUAUCAC